GGCCGCCCCCAAGCUGUCUUGUCCACGCAUCACCACGUCGUCUAUCCUCAACCACGCUCUCGUCAUGGCAGGCGGUAGAUUAGCCACGGUGCACCAUCAGGUGUCUUCCGUGCUUCUAAGACCACACAUACAACCAUCGCUGUCUGUGCCAACACCAUCUCCUCUACGAAACACGACCACAGCGAUCCAAUCCUCGCGACAGACACAGUCAUGCUUCUCCACCAGCGCACCACGUCCAGCAAGGAAAGGGGCCGUACAACAGGUUGACCCACGUGUCACGAACAUACGCUAUCACCUCUUCCAUCCACGGGUCCCCCGACCGCUCCGAUUUUCACGCCUGCGCGCCCUCCGUCACUGGACCAUUCAUCGCGCCUGGCAGAUGUUCAAAGCGAAGACGAACACACAGAGGGAGAAGGAGCUUGAGCGGCAAUAUCAAUCGAUGGCGAGGGCCUGUGAGGAGUUGCGGUUGACGGACGAGAAUGGCAUGCGAGUUUCUGAAGCGGAUGCUAACGGGAACAAGAAAGUAGGGCGGCUCUUCAGGAUAGCAAUGGAGAAGAAGAGAGUCUGGGGUCCCGGGAAAGGGUUCCCGAUUGAGUAUGCUCGGGCGCAGACCGAUUAUCCGCCCCGAAAUGGAUGGAAUCAUGAGUGGACUAGGUAGAACACUAGGUCACAAGCACGAUUGUAAAAUACAUUGUAAAUAUCGCUGAUGGUUGCAUUCAAUAAUUAUAUAUAAGCGUCCGAU